UAGACAAACAGAAAGUCACCAUUUCACUCGGAGAUUUCCCACCCAGUACCUGUGCCAUGAAUGAAACUAUAAGGAAUCCUGCUGCCACUCAAUAAAAAUCACAAAGAGAAAGUGAGGUUCUGCAAUGGCUAUGGCAGCAUCAAAAUUGCUUUUCUUUUUUUGUCCCAUUUUCAUUAACCUCCUUGUCCUCUCUAUUGCGCAAGCAGAUCCACUUUAUCACAUUUGUUCAGAAACUGGUAACUUCACUAACAGUAGUGACUACAAAUCAAACCUCGAUAUCCUUCUUUCCUCCUUCUCUUCCAAUACCAAAAUCGACUAUGGGUUUUACAACGGCUCGUAUGGCCAAAACAAUGACAAAGUUACCGCAAUUUCACUCUGUAGAGGAGAUAAAAAGCCCGAAACCUGCCGAAGUUGCAUCACUAAUUCUAGCCAAGAGCUUACACGACUCUGUCCAAACCAAAAGGAGGCCUAUAUAUGGUAUGAUGAUUGUAUGUUAAGGUAUUCAAACCGUUCCAUAGUAGGCAGAAAGGAAUUUGUGCCUUACUUUUGGAUGUACAACUUGAAUAACGUGACCGACGAAAAAGAGUUCUAUGAGAAGCUAAAUGUUUUGUUAGGCAACCUUACUAAUUUAGCAGCAUUAGGUGAUUCACGAAGAAAAUUUGCAACAGGAAAUGCGACCACGGAAAACUCUCAACAAAAAAUGUAUGCACUUGUUCAGUGCACUCCUGAUUUGACUCAGCAGAAAUGCAGCGAUUGCCUGAAUCAAGCUAUCAAAUUGAUUCCAACAUGCUGUUAUAAGAGGCAAGGAGGGAGGGUGAUUUCACCUAGCUGUCACUUUCGAUAUGAAAAGGACCCUUUCUUUGAACUUGUAGCCACGACACCGCUACCAUCUCCAGCGCCACUUUCAGUCCUUCCACCGCCACCACAAGCAACAGCAGAUGCAGUGCCACCAAGAUCCAGUACCGCGGCCAAAAUAGCUAAAACAUCGGCCAUAGUUCAAACUACCAUUGCCAACGUUUUGCCAAUAUUGCUACUUCUAUGGUCCUUGCAGCAUGUAUGAGCCGCUUGACAGAUAGCAAGUCAUCUACAUCAUGUUCACUUUCUUAUUUUGCAGCCCUUUCUUCCUCGUAUUAAGACAAUAAAUAUAGUUGUUGUCUGUAUUUAUUAUGGACACAAUAAAUAUAAAUUUAUUGUUGAUUGGAAAAUCAGUUUUUAUUUAUUUUGAAGUUAAUUUCUCUCUGAGAAUCGUUGUUUUCACUUCUGGUAGUUUUAUUUUGAUGAGGAUGAUUGUUGUCAGCAUCGUAUUGUAGCAUUUCCGAGUUGUUAAAUUGUGUUUGAAUCAAGGAUCUCUUGUUUAUUUCCUUUAUGAAA